AUGCCUCCCGUUCGAGCGGCCCUGUGGCGCUCCCUCCGCGCUCAUCAGGUGUACGGGGCCAACACUGACGUGGGCAAGACCAUCGUGUCGACCGUCCUGUGCAAUACGGUACAACGUCGUGAGGCUGAGAGGGCGGCGUUCUUGAAGCCGGUGUCUACAGGACCAUUGGACGAUGCAGAUGAUAGGCACAUCCAGCGCCAUGCGGCGGGCACAUUGACCAAAUGUCUGUAUCAAUUCGAUGAGCCAGUCAGUCCGCAUAUUGCUGCGCGGCAGAAGAACUUCACAGUUCCUCGGGAUGACGAUAUUCUCGGCUCUGUGCACAACACACUCUCCGAGUGGGCUCGCACCGGGAUCAGUUUCGCCCUUGUAGAGACUGCGGGCGGAGUUCAUUCUCCUGGGCCCAAUGGGAACUCGCAGGCAGAUCUGUAUCGGCCACUCAGGUUGCCUGUUGUGCUUGUCGCCGAUUCGCGUCUCGGAGGGAUCUCUUCGUCCAUCUCUGCCUAUGAGUCGCUCUUACUUCGCGGUUAUGAUGUGCGCUCGGUGCUUCUGUUCCGCGAUGACUACUACAAGAAUCACGAAUAUCUGCGCGAUUACUUUCGCAAUAAGUGUAUCCCGCUCGUACCACUGCCCCAGCCGCCGACGCGUCCCCAGUCGCAAGAUGAAAGGGCUCGGGCGCAGGACGAAGAAGCCAUGGCCGGCUAUUACCAGCAAGUCGCACAGGAAACGGAUGUCCAUGGCUUGUUGGAUGAACUCGCAGCCAGAAACACCGAGAGGAUUGACCGGUUAGAGUCUAUGGCCAGUCGAGCCCAUGAUACGAUCUGGUAUCCCUUUACGCAGCAUCAUGGCAUGACCGCCAAGGAUAUUACUGUGAUUGAUUCUGCACACGACGACUACUUUCAAACCUUUGUUCCCGGCGAUCAAUCCAACCAGCAAGGCCAGCUCCAACCCACAUUUGACGGUUCGGCAUCCUGGUGGACACAGGGUCUCGGACAUGGAAAUCCAGAGCUUGCCCUGUCGGCUGCAUACGCGGCUGGUAGGUACGGACAUGUCAUGUUCGCGGGGAAUGUUCACGAACCCGCUCUAUCGCUCGCGGAGCUUUUGAUUGAGACUCUGGAGAACCCUCGGCUCCACAAAGUGUUCUACACCGAUAAUGGAAGCACGGGUAUGGAAGUCGCCAUUAAGAUGGGUCUCCGCGCAGCAUGCGACCGGUACGGAUGGGACGCCAGCAAGGAACAGAUCAGUAUCCUCGGAUUGAAGGGCAGCUAUCAUGGCGAUACGAUCGGUGUGAUGGAUUGCUCGGAGCCUUCAACCUACAAUCAGAAGGUGGAGUGGUACCGUGGCCGCGGCUACUGGUUCGACUUUCCUCUCGUGAAACUGUCUCAGGGCACCUGGAAGGUCGAGAUCCCCGAAGUUCUGCGGGGCGCUCUGGGCGCGGAUCUCGAGUUUACAUCCUUGAAUUCGGUUUUUGAUGUGGAAAGCCGAGUCAAGUCGGACGCGGGCAAGCGCUACAGCGAGUUUAUCUACAAGACGAUCGAAGACCUUGUUCAGCGACACGGAAUGAAAUUCGGUUCUCUGAUCAUGGAGCCUAUCAUUUUGGGAGCGGGUGGAAUGCUCUUCUGCGACCCUCUCUUUCAGCGGUGUCUUGUGGACGUCGUCCGCAGUCACCCCGAACUCUUCUCUAGCAACCCUAGAAAGAACAACAGCAACAUCACCGCAGAGAAAUACUGGUCCGGUCUCCCUGUCAUCUUUGACGAGGUUUUCACUGGACUCUACCGUCUGGGACGCAAGUCUUCCGCCUCCUUCCUCGAUGUCCACCCCGAUAUUGCGGUGAACGCGAAGCUCCUGACCGGUGGCGUGGUGCCCCUCUGCACCACCCUUGCCAGCCAGGAGAUUUUUGAAGCUUUCUCCAGUCCCGAGAAGAGCGAUGCGCUGCUCCACGGCCACAGCUAUACUGCUCACGCAGUUGGCUGCACGGUCGCUGUGGAUUCGCUGCAGGCUAUGAUGAAGAUGGAAAACAAUGGAACCUGGGAUGAGUACCGCCGUGACUGGAAGCCGCAAUCUCUAUCGAAGACCGCCAAGGUGACCGGAGAAGACGACUGUCCAGAAGUCUGGAGUGUGUGGUCGCACGAUCUGCUGCGCGACCUGUCCUAUGCGGAAUCCGUCGAGAGUAUAUUUGCCAUUGGCACGGUGCUGAGUAUCUCCCUGAAAGAUGCCCAGGGCGGAGGGUACACCUCCACAGCCGCCCAAGGUCUGCGACAAAGAUUAUCGGCCGGCGGGCCCCGAUUCAACGUGCAUUCACGUGUGCUGGGCAAUGUGCUCUAUCUGAUGUCGAGUGUCACAUCGAAGACCGAAUCGUUGCGGGAGGUGGAAGGAUUGCUCCGAUCGGCAUUGCUCUGA